AUGUAUAGACCCUCGCCUGUUAGAAACCCGAGGGCAAAAGGAAUCAAAUCCAAAAAUGUCCUGCAAGUUUGUUUGUUGCUCGCUGUUUGCUUCUGGUUGAUCUUCCAAGUGAAACGAUCUCAUGAAAAGAAGAAAGAAUUUGAUAACACAAAAAUCUCGUUAAGCACCAGUAAACAAAGCAAUGAAGAAAUCCCUAAACUUGGAAGAAAAGAUCUCCAACCUAAAUUAGAAAAGAUCGAAGAGGAAGCUGAAAUACAAGAAGAACAAGAGGAAGAGAAGAUCGAUGAGGGAAAAGAGGAUGAAAUCGAUGAAAAUGAACAAGAAAAGUCAGAAGUGGAAGAAAUAGAAGAAGUCAUAGAUGAAGAAAGUCAAAGUCAAACUGAAACUGAAACUGAAACUGAAACUGAAACUGGUGAUUCUGUAGAAGAUCAUGAAUCAGAAGAAGAAGAAGAUGGAGGUUCAACACAUACACAUGAAGGACGUGAAGAACACUACAAAGCAGAUGAUGCUUCUAGUGCAGUAGUUACUCAUCUUUCUACUGAAAAUACAACAAAUGAAGAAAUCUCAAAUGGUGAAACUUUCAAUAAUAAUGGAACCCAUGAAAAUGGACCUCCUUCAAGCACCAAAAUCAUGGAUUCUGAUUCUACAGAAGCUGUAAAUGUCACAGUGGAGGGAUUUGCUCCUAAUUCAAGUUAUGUGAAGUCUGAUGAGUUGAAAAGUAGUAAUGAAGGUGAAAGUGAUGAAGGGGAAGGUGAAGGUGAAGGUGAAGGUGAGAAUUUGGAGGGUAAUGAUGUAAUUUUGGAUCCAGAUGAAGUGGAAAAUGAGACACAUUUAGAAGAGAAAGAGGUGCGGAUGGAUUUAGACACGUUGCCUGAGAUUGAAACAGAAGGUGGAAACAGUGAAGAUACUGCUGCAGAAAGAAGAUAA